UCUGAUCUCCUUUUUCUGGUUUUUUCUCUUAUUGUUUCUCCUUUUGCAGGAGCUUUCUUUUCCCGUUCCCUCUCUUGUGUGGUUUACAGAUAGCAAGGGAAUGGAGAUUGGUGGACAUAGAUAACUCUUGUUUGCUUUGGUUGAAGUUAAUUUGUGAACAACAUGUCUUCUGCUUCUUGGAUCACAUCCCUUUCUUGUUCAAGCUCUGUAAUACAGUCCUCAGAGGACACCUCAGUUUCACCCAUACUUCAAUGGCUAAGAUUCAUCUUCCUCUCUCCAUGUCCUCAAAGGCUCCUCUUAUCUGCUGUUGACAUUGCGUUCUUGCUUGCCCUCCUCGUGUUUUUGAUCCCGAAGCUCUAUUCCAGAUUCAUCUCCAAUAGUCAUAGCAAUUCUGACGUCAAUAAACCUCUCAUUAGAAACAACAGAGUUCCUCUUAGAACUUCUCCAUGGUUCAUGAUCUCGCUGAUUGUGACAGUUCUUCUUGCGGUUCUUUGUACGGUUUUAUGCAUUCUGGCCUUUUGUACAAGUAACCAGCCGCAAUGGAAGCUAGUAGAUGGACUGUUUUGGCUGAUUCAAGCAAUAACUUAUGUUGUAAUAACCAUCCUAAUAGUCCAUGAGAAGAGAUUCGAAGCUGCUAUGCAUCCAUUGUCUCUUCGAAUAUUCUGGGCUGCAAACUUUGUCAUUGUCGCUUUGUUCACUGCUUCAGGGAUCAUUCGUCUAAUAUCAUUUAGAGAUUCUAGUUCUGAUUUGAGGUUGGAUGAUAUAAUUUCAUUCAUUAGCUUUCCUUUAUCGAUUAUUCUUCUAAUUGUAGCCAUUAAAGGUUCAACUGGGAUUACGGUGAGAAGAGAAUUUGAAUCAGGAAUGGAUGGGGAAGCCAGGUUGUAUGAACCACUUUUAGACAAAUCUAGUGUCAGUGGAUUUGCUUCAGCUUCUAUUAUAUCAAAAGCCUUUUGGCUUUGGAUGAAUCCUAUACUGGGCAAAGGUUAUAAAUCACCUCUCAAGAUUGAUGAUAUCCCAACCCUUUCACCGCAACAUAGAGCUGAAAGAAUGUCAGAGCUCUUUGAACUCAAUUGGCCUAAGCCUCAUGAAAAAUCAAAGCACCCUGUUCGAACCACAUUGAUUCGUUGUUUCUGGAAGGAGAUUGCUUUCACUGCCUUCCUUGCAAUUGUGAGACUUUGUGUAAUGUAUGUAGGGCCUACUCUCAUUCAAAGAUUUGUUGAUUACACAUCCGGGAUUAGGAGCUCUCCAUAUGAAGGAUACUACCUGGUAUUGACUCUCCUCAUUGCCAAGUUUGUGGAAGUUUUGACCUCGCACCAAUUCAACUUUAAUUCCCAGAAACUUGGAAUGCUUAUUCGAACCACCCUCAUUACUUCUUUGUAUAAGAAGGGCUUGAGGCUAUCAUGCUCUGCUCGACAAGCUCAUGGGGUUGGACAGAUUGUAAAUUACAUGGCAGUGGAUGCUCAGCAGCUCUCGGAUAUGAUGCUCCAGCUACAUGCCAUAUGGCUUAUGCCACUACAAGUCACUGUUGCCUUAGCUAUCCUAUAUGGUUACCUCGGUGCCUCGACGAUUAUAUCACUAAUUGGCCUAGUUGUCGUUUUAGUGUUUGUUGUGAUGGGCACUCGGCGAAACAACAGAUUCCAAUUCAAUAUAAUGAAAAAUCGUGAUUCAAGAAUGAAAGCAACAAAUGAGAUGCUUAAUUACAUGCGUGUCAUCAAGUUCCAGGCAUGGGAAGAACAUUUCAACAAGCGAAUUCAAUCUUUCCGUGAAUCAGAGUAUGGAUGGCUAUCCAAGUUCAUGUAUUCAAUAUCAGGCAAUAUGAUUGUGCUGUGGAGCACUCCACUAAUGAUAUCUACACUCACAUUUGGGAGUGCAAUUUUGUUUGGGGUUUCACUCGAUGCAGGAACAGUUUUUACCGCGACCUCGCUUUUUAAGAUGUUGCAGGAACCAAUCAGGACCUUUCCACAAUCAAUGAUCUCACUUUCGCAAGCAAUGAUCUCACUGGGGAGGUUGGAUAGAUUUAUGAUGAGUAAGGAAUUGAUUGCUGAGUCAGUGGAGAGAGUGGAAGGUUGUGAUGGUAGAACUGCGGUGGAGGUGAAAGAUGGAGUUUUUGGCUGGGAUGAUGAAGGUGGAGAAGAAGUGGUGAAAAGUUUAAAUUUUGAGAUAAAAAAAGGGGAACUUGCAGCUAUAGUUGGGACCGUUGGAUCAGGGAAGUCUUCUCUACUGGCAUCAAUUCUUGGUGAGAUGCACAAAAUAUCAGGAAGGGUAAGAGUUUAUGGGACCACAGCCUAUGUUGCACAAACAUCGUGGAUUCAAAAUGGGACAAUUCAAGAGAACAUCCUAUGUGGUUUGCCUAUGAACAGAGACAGAUACAAGGAAGUUAUCAAGGUCUGUUGCUUGGAGAAAGACUUGGAAAUGAUGGAGUACGGAGAUCAGACUGAAAUUGGAGAACGUGGCAUCAACCUCAGUGGCGGCCAGAAGCAGCGGAUCCAACUUGCCAGAGCUGUUUUUCAGGAUUGUGAUAUCUAUCUUCUUGAUGAUGUAUUUAGUGCCGUUGAUGCCCAUACUGGGUCAGAUAUAUUCAAGGAAUGUGUGAGGGGCAUCCUCAAAGAUAAAACGAUUUUACUUGUCACCCACCAAGUUGACUUCUUGCGUAAUGUUGAUCUGAUCUUAGUUAUGCGAGAUGGGAUGAUUGUGCAAUCCGGAAAAUACAAUGAUAUACUAGAAUCAGGAAUGGAUUUCAAAGCGCUAGUGACCGCCCAUGAAACUUCCAUGGAACUGGUAGAAGCAGGAACCACCUCACAUGGCCAAGGUUCCCCAAAACCACCAAAAUCUCCUCAAACAUCUUCUAACCAUGGGGAAGCAAAGGGUCAGGACCGAUCUCAAGAACAAUCCGAGUCUGAAAGGGGAACUUCUAAGCUCAUCAAAGAAGAGGAGCGAGAAACUGGGAGAGUCAGCUUACAUGUUUACAAAGUAUAUCUCACAGAGGCUUUUGGUUGGUGGGGUCUGGUGGCGGUGUUUCUGGCUUCUUUGUUGUGGCAAGGGUCUCAAAUGGCCAGUGAUUACUGGUUGGCGUAUGAAACUUCCGGAGUGUCAUUCAACCCUUCUCUGUUCAUACAAAUCUAUGCCAUUAUUACAGCUGUUUCACUUGUUUUGAUACUGAUAAGAACCACUUUUGUUACCCUCGUGGGCCUCAAGACUUCUCAAAUCUUCUUUAGGCAAAUUCUUCACAGUAUCCUUCAUGCUCCUAUGUCAUUCUUUGACACUACACCUUCGGGAAGAAUUCUGAGUCGGGCAUCAACUGAUCAGAGCAACAUUGAUGUCUUCCUCCCCCUUGUCAUGAAUCUUACUCUUGCAAUGUAUAUGACACUGGUGGGCAUCAUCAUCAUCACCUGUCAAUAUGCUUGGCCAACGGUGUUCCUUUUAAUUCCACUUGGUUGGCUGAAUUACUGGUACAGGGGAUAUUACCUUGCAACAUCUCGUGAAUUGACUCGACUUGAUUCAAUUACAAAAGCGCCUGUCAUUCAUCACUUCUCAGAAAGCAUCUCUGGGGUCAUGACUAUCCGCUGUUUUGGGAAGCAGGAAAGUUUUGUUCAGGAAAAUAUCAACCGAGUGAAUGCAAAUGUACGCAUGGAUUUCCACAAUAAUGGAUCCAAUGAAUGGUUGGGGUUUCGUUUGGAACUGAUUGGAAGCUGCAUCCUCUGCAUUUCCACAAUGUUCAUGAUUGUGUUACCUAGCAGCAUCAUAAAGCCUGAGAAUGUUGGAUUGUCUCUCUCAUACGGUUUGUCCCUGAAUAGUGUGCUGUUCUGGACCAUAUAUAUGAGUUGCUUUGUGGAAAAUAGAAUGGUUUCUGUUGAGAGGAUUAAACAGUUUUCGAACAUACCAUCAGAAGCAGAAUGGGAGAAGAAAGAUUGUCUGCCUUCACCAAAUUGGCCCACCCAUGGCAACGUUGAGCUCAAGGAUUUGCAGGUUAGAUAUCGUCCAAACACUCCGCUAGUGCUUAAAGGCAUUACUCUCAACAUUCAAGGGGGUGAGAAGAUUGGUGUGGUUGGCCGCACAGGCGGUGGAAAAUCAACUUUAAUCCAGGUUUUCUUCAGGUUGGUGGAACCUUCAGGAGGAAAGAUAAUCAUUGAUGGCAUUGACAUUUCUAUGCUAGGGCUUCAUGAUCUCAGGUCCCGCUUUGGGAUCAUUCCUCAAGAACCUGUCCUUUUUGAAGGAACCGUGAGAAGCAACAUUGACCCUAUUGGGCAGUAUUCAGAUGAAGAGAUAUGGAAGAGCCUUGAACGCUGCCAACUUAAGGAUGUGGUGGCUGGGAAACCUGGGAAACUUGAUUCUUCAGUUGUUGAUAGUGGAGACAAUUGGAGUGUGGGGCAGAGGCAGCUUCUUUGCUUGGGACGGGUAAUGCUAAAGCGCAGCCGCAUCUUGUUCAUGGAUGAGGCAACUGCUUCUGUGGAUUCACAGACGGAUGGUGUAAUUCAGAAGAUUAUUCGGGAGGACUUUUCAGCCUGUACGAUCAUCAGCAUUGCUCAUAGAAUACCAACAGUCAUGGACUGCGACAGGGUUCUAGUUGUAGAUGCAGGAUGGGCAAGAGAAUUUGACAAACCAUCUAGCUUGCUUGAGAGGCCCUCACUCUUUGGGGCUUUAGUUCAGGAAUACGCCAACCGCUCAUCUGGACUGUAA